CACUUAAAAAAAAUAAUUGCUAGCUGGAACCCUGGGCCUCAGGCAUACUCAGCACAUGCUCUAUCCCUGAGUCACACUUCUAGCCCUGAGGAUGAAGCACUUUUUACAGCACCCAGUGUGUCUCUGUGUGUCAGGCCUGUGUCCUCCCACCUCAUGUGCUCUGCGUGUGUGUAAAGCCCACUCCGUGCUGCCUGCAGGGAGCACCACCUCGCCUCAUCGGCUCAUCACUCAUCUUCUCAUCUCACCACCUCACGCCCUGGUGCUGCCCAGCAUGGCCAUCUCAUCACGCCUUGCCCUAUGGGAGCAGAAGAUCCGGGAGGAGGACAAGAGCCCACCACCGUCCUCGCCCCCGCCUCUGUUCUCUGUCAUCCCAGGGGGCUUCAUUCGGCAGCUGGUCCGGGAGACUGAGAAAGAGUCCAAAGAGGCAAGACGGAGGAAAGAGGCAGUGCUUGCCUCCCCAGAACAAGAGACCCCAGAAGUUUCUGUCAACCAAUCCAACAGCAAGACCAACAGUGGCACUAAAUCUGGGAGCCAACAGACUUCUGGGGACAGCCAGUCUACCUCUCUCCAGGGCACAAGCAUUCCAGGCAAGGACAACCAGCAUUCUGGCACUGCUGACCCUGCACUGAUGACCAGCGUCAAUGGCGAGAGGCACCAGGAGCCAGGCCCCGGUGGGAUACCGGCCAGAAAAGCCCUACCCUUCAAGAAGACAGUGAGGAGGGGUGAUGUGCUACUAAUGGUGGCCAAGCUGGACCCAGAAGCCACCAAGCCGGAGCACAGAAACCAAGCCCAUGAUACCCCUACUUGCAAGACCCCACCUGCAGCCACAGACCCUGGAGGGGCAAAGGAAGGGGAGACCCCAGGAACUUCUGGCCCUCAGGCCAGUACUGAAGAUUUGGCCUCAAAGCCUGAGAAGACUCUGACUGGGGGUCAUGGGGACCCAGGCCAAGGGAUGAAAGGCGAGAAGGGUCAAGGCACAGUAGGGAAAGGGAGUGGGGGCCUCCAGACCAAGGGGCCAAAAGGAGGUGAGCCCAAGGACAAAGAGGAACAGAGGACCAGGCCUCAAAGCCGAGGGGCAGGUGACGGGGGGCAACUGGGGACAGUGGAAAAGGAGGGAGGGGAUCCCCCAACCAAGAUGGAAAAGAGAAAUGAGUCCAAGGAUAUGGGAGCUGAAGGGAAGCAUGCUGGGCCUCGAGUGCAAGGGAAGAAGUGGGGAGAGUUCCUGAGCAGGAGCAAGUGGGAUGGUCCCCAGAGCAAGAAGGACAGAGAAAGUGAGCUCCCUGGUAUGGCAGAGAAGACAGGUAAGCCUCAGGCCAAGAUGGAGGAGAGGGGCAAAGUGCAGGGGAAGGCCGGGCAGGCUGGGGAGGCGCUGCAGACGCUGGGGAAAGCAGCUGAGCCUGGAAAGGCAAGUGAGGCUCCAAAGUCAGAAGAGGUGGGGCAGCCUCAGAGGAAGGCUGCUGGGACAGGUCGUGCUGGGAGCCAGGCUGACAAGGGCUGCAAAGUGCCAAAGGAAGUAGCUAUAGAGAGGGUGUCACCUGCAGUCACGGAGCCAGAGGACCGGCCAGAAAGCAGAGCACAGAGAGCUGAGAAGCCCUGCACCAAAGUGGAGGAUGCAGCUGGGGGCCCAGAGCCACAGCAGGAGGGGUGUGCGGAGCCUUCUCUGGAAACUAGGGUGGAAAAGCCUCCAGGACAGACGCAGGCCCAGGAGGGGCCCACCCUGCAGGACCAGGGCAGAGGCGGCCACAGUGGAGGCUUGGGCCAGGCUCAUGAGGACAGAUGGUACGAGGCAGAGAAGGUCUGGUUGGUUCAGAAGGAUGGAUUUACUCUUGCAACGGUGCUAAAGCCAGAUGAGGGAACAGCUGACCUGCCAGCAGGAAGGGUGCGACUUUGCAUUGAUGCUGACAAAACGGUCACUGAGGUUGAUGAGGAGCAUGUUCACAGGGCCAACCCUCCGGAGCUGGACUACGUAGACGACCUGGCCUCUCUUGUCAGUGUCAAUGAAUCCAGCAUCCUGAACACGCUCUUGCAGCGUGCCCGGGCUCAGCUGCUACAGACCUGCGCGGGUCCAGACCUCAUUGUCCUCCAGCCCCAGGGAUCCAUGGCACCCUCUUCGGGGAAGGUGCCCAGAAGCCGCCGGGAUGGCCUGCCUGCCCACGUCAGCUCCCUUGCCCAGCGGGCUUACUGGGCAAUGCUGAGCCAGCGCAGAGACCAGAGCAUCAUAGCCUUGGGCCGGAGCGGUGCUGGGAAGACCACCUGCUGUGAGCAGGUCCUGGAGCACCUGGUGGGAAUGGCAGGCUGUGUGGAUGGCAGGGUGUCAGUGGAGAAGAUCCAGGCCACCUUCACCAUUCUCCGGGCCUUCGGCUCCGUGUGCACAGGCCAUAGCUGCAGUGCCACCCGGCUGGCCAUGGUGAUGUCACUGGAUUUCAAUGCCACUGGACGAGUGACAGCUGCACAACUCCAGACUAUGCUCCUGGAGAAGAGCAGAGUGGUGCGGCCGCUUGAAGGGGAAGGCAACUUUCCCGUCUUCUCCCAGAUGCUGGCUGGUUUAGACCUGGAUCUCAGGACAGAGCUGUACCUGUACCAGAUGGCAGACAGCAGCUCCUUCGGCAUGGGCAUGUGGUCUAAGCCUGAAGACAAGCAGAAGGAUGUGGCAGCCUUUGCCCAGCUCCAGGGUGCCAUGGAGACACUGGGCAUCACAGAGGGUGAGCAGCGGGCCAUUUGGCGGGUGCUGGCGGCCAUAUACCACCUCGGUGCUGCGGGUGCCUGCAAAGUGGGCCGGAAGCAAUUCAUGCGGUUUGAGUGGGCAAACCAUGCAGCUGAAGCCCUGGGCUGUGAGUAUGAGGAGCUGAACACAGCUACUUUCAAGCACCACCUGCGGCAGAUCAUUGCGCAAGUGACAACCGGGCCAAGCCGACGGGGCCUCAAGGAUGAGGAGCCCAGCUCAGGGUUCAAAAUGACGGGCACGGAGUGUGUGGAGGGCAUGGCCUCAGGCCUGUACCAGGAGCUCUUUGUGGCUGUGGUCUCACUCAUCAACAGAUCCUUCUCCUCCCAUCAUCUCUCCAUGGCCUCCAUCAUGGUUGUAGACUCUCCAGGCUUUCAGAACCCCCGGCAUCAGGGCAAGGACCGGGCAGCAACCUUUGAGGAGCUGUGCCAUAAUUACAUUCACGAGCGCCUCCAGCUGCUUUUCUAUCAGCGGACUUUCAUCUCUGUGCUGGAACGAUACCAAGAGGAAGGCAUUCCUGUGCCCUGUGACCUCCCAGAGUUCUCCCCAGGGACUACUGUGGCUAUUGUGGAUCAGAAUCCCUCCCAGGUCCGCUUACCCACUGGAGGACGCACUGAGGAUGCCAGGGGCCUUUUCUGGGUCUUGGAUGAGGAGGUCCAGGCAGAGGGCUCCGAAGACAGCGUGGUGCUCGAGCGUCUGCGUACAGCCUUUGAGAAGAAGGGAGCUGGGGCCAAAGGGACCUCUGCCCUGCGGACCUGUGAGCAGCCCCUCCAGUGUGAGAUUUUCCAUCAGCUUGGACAGGACCCCGUGCGCUAUGACCUCACGGGCUGGCUGCACAGAGCCAAGCCCAAUUUCUCGGCACUGGAUGCACCCCAGCUCCUGCAGCAGUCAAAGAGGGAGGAGCUGCAAAGCUUAUUCCAGGGCCGUGCCAAGCUGCCACCUGUGUGCCAGGCUGUGGCAGGCCUGGAGGGCACCUCCCAGCAGGCCCUGCAUAGGAGCCGUGUGGUGAGGAGGACGUUUACCAGCAGCCUUGCCUCAACCAGGAGGAGAGCUCCGUGCUCCCAGAUCAAGCUGCAGAUGGAUGCACUGAUCAGCUUGGUAAGACGGUCUCAACUGCACUUUAUCCACUGUCUGGUGCCAACCCCAGCAUUGGACAAUAAGGGUGGGCAGGAGUCUUCAGCACCACCUUUGCCUGGAGACCAGCAGGAGGCGAGCAAGCCCCUGGCCCCAGAUAUCCCGGCACUGAGGGUCCAGCUUGUGGGCUCUCACAUCCUGGAGGCGCUGCGUCUGCACAGGACAGGCUACGCUGACCACAUGGGGCUCAGUCAGUUCCGCCGGUGUUUCCAGGUGCUGGACCCUGCGCUGCUGAAGAAGUUCAUGUCAGUCCCUGAGGGAAUAGAUGAAAGGAAGGCUGUGGAGGAGCUUCUUGAGACCCUGGAUCUGGAAAAGAAAGUGGUGGCCAUGGGGCACAGCCAAGUCUUCCUCAAGGCAGGUGUGGUCUCCAGGCUGGAGAAGCAGCGAGAGAAGCUGGUGUCUCAAAACAUCAUUCUCUUCCAGGCAGUAUGCCGGGGAUUUCUGUCUCGCCAGGAAUUCAAAAAGCUGAAGAUUCGCCGGCUGGCUGCACAGUGCAUCCAGAAGAAUGUGGCCAUGUUCCUGGCGCUCAAGGACUGGCCUUGGUGGCAGCUCCUUGGUUCCCUCCGGCCCCUGCUGAGUGCCACUGUUGGGAAUGAGCAGCUCCGAGCCAAGGAGGAGGAGCUCACAAUGCUGAGGCAGAAGCUGGAAAAAUCUGAAAAGUCAAGAAAUGAACUCCAGCAGACUGCAGAUCUGCUAGAAAGCAAGAUUGCUGACUUGACCACAGAGCUGGCUGACGAGCGCUUCAAAGGUGAUGUGGCCUGCCAGGUGCUGGAGAAUGUGUGCGCAGAGCGGCUGCAGGCCUCCCGGGAGGUCCAGGAGCUCAGAAACAAGUAUGAACAAGUCCAGAAGAAUUUGGGAGAAGUGGAGAGACAGUUGGAAGAAGCCCAGCAGAAAAUCCAGUUGAAUGAUUUGGAAAGGAAGCACACUGGAGGAGCAGAUGAGUGGCAGAUGCGUCUUGACUGUGCUCAGAUGGAAAAUGAGUUCCUCCGCAAGCGUCUACAGCAGAGUGAGGAGAGGCUGGACUCAGAGCUGACGUCCCGGAAAGAGCUGGAGCAGAAGCUCGGAGAGCUGCAGAGUGCUUAUGAGGAGGCCAAGAAGACAGCACACCAACUAAAGAGGAAGAGCCACCGUCUCACCUGGGAUCUAGAGGACACUCGUGUCCUGCUUGAGACCCAACAGAGCCAGAACCAUGAGCUGGAGAAGAAGCAGAAGAAGUUUGACAUGCAGCUGGCCCAGGCCCUGGGGGAGUCCGUGUUUGAGAGGAGCCUCAGGGAGAAAGCGAUCCAGGAGAGCAGCAGCAUGCGGUGGGAGCUGGGGCAGCUGCAGGAGCAGCUGGAGCAAAAGGAGCAAGAAACUUUGAGGCUGAAACAGGAGGUGGAAAUGCUGCAGAAGCAUAAACAGGAGCUGCUGGCAUCUCCCUCUCUAGGGGCAAGUGGCGUAGCUAGCUUGAAGGAGAGGCUCUGGAAGCUGGAAUCCAGUGCUCAGGAGCAUGAGAAAGUCCAGAACCAGCAGGAAAACACCAUCAAGCAGCUGGAGCAGCUCCGGCAGCGGUUUGAGCUGGAGAUUGAGCGGAUGAAGCAGAUGCACCAGAAGGACCGUGAGGACCAAGAGGAGGAGCUGGAAGAUGUCCGUCAGUCCUGCCAGAAGCGGCUCCGUCAGCUGGAAAUGCAGCUGGAGCAGGAGUACGAGGAGAAGCAGAUGGUGCUCCAUGAGAAGCAAGAUUUGGAAGGAUUGAUUGGAAGCUUGUGUGAUCAGAUUGGCCAUCGGGACUUUGAUGUAGAGAAGCGACUGCGAAGGGACCUCCGGAGGACUCAUGCACUGCUGUCAGAUGUCCAGCUCCUUCUGGUAACCGUGGACGAUGGCAAGACAUCAGUCAGCAAGGAGGAGCUGGAGAAGGUGCACAGCCAGCUGAAGCAGAGCGAGGCCAAGUGUGAAGAUGCCCUGAAGACCCAGAAGGCACUGACUCUGGACCUGGAGAGCAUGCACAGUGAGCUGGAGAACAUGACCCGGAGCAAGAGCCUGGUGGAUGAGCAGCUGUACCGACUGCAGUUUGAGCGGGCAGACCUCCUGAAGCACAUCGAUGAGGACCAGGAUGACCUGAAUGACCUCAUGCAGAAGCACAAGGACCUUAUUGCCCAGUCUGCAGCUGACAUUGGACAGAUCCAAGAGCUACAGUUGCAGCUGGAGGAAGCAAAGAAGGAAAAGCACAAGCUUCAAGAGCAACUGCAGGUGGCUCAGAUGCGCAUCGAGUACCUGGAGCAGUCCACCGUGGACCGGGCUAUUGUCAGCAGGCAGGAGGCAGUCAUCUGUGACCUGGAGAACAAGACAGAGUUCCAGAAAGUGCAGAUUAAGAGAUUAGAGGUCCUGGUGAUCCGGCUUCGGGACAGCCUGAUUAAGAUGGGUGAGGAGCUGUCACAGGCAGUGGCAUCAGAGUCCCAGCAGAGAGAGAGCAGCCAGUAUUACCAGCGGCGCCUGGAGGAGCUGAAAGUAGACAUGGAGGAGCUGCUGCAGCGCGAGGCAGAGGCCAGCCGGCGGUGCAUGGAGCUGGAGAAGUAUGUAGAGGAGCUCGGCGCAGUGAGGCAGACACUGCAGACAGACCUGGAGACAUCCAUCCGGCGCAUUGCUGACCUGCAGGCUGCCUUGGAAGAGGUGGCGUCCAGUGACAGUGAUACCGAAAGUUCCAGGGAUAAUGUCUCCAUCAUCAGCUCCCAGCCUGAUGGCAAUCUGCAGUCUUGGUUGAGCUGUACCCUGUCGAUGGCUACAGACACCAUGCGGACACCCUCUCGACAGUCAGCUACCAGCAGCUGCAUCCGCAGCUCCAGGAUGAAUGCAGAGGCUGGAGAUGCUGAGAGCAGAACCUGGGAUGCUCAUGGCAAGACUUCAAGAGACUACUCUGUUUCUCCCUGUUCUACCCGCCAGCGAAAGUCCUGUCAUUUUGGGGGCUGUGAAGAGUUUGGUGUCCAGAGAAAGCCUAUGGAGAGAUCGGGAGCUCUGUCCACUCGUGAGGCCUCUCGGAGUCCAGACACAUCCCCGCUGCCCAGGGAGAAGCUGCCCAGCCCAUCAGCAGCACUCUCGGAGUUCGUGGAAGGACUUCGGAGGAAGAGGGCCCAGAGAGGCCAGGGCUCCUCGCUGGGCCUGGAGGACUGGCCCACGCUCCCCAUUUACCAGACCACCAGCACUUCCAGGCUCAGGAGGGGCAGGGCGGGCAGUGACGAGGGAGACCUCUCCCUGAGGCUACAGGCCAAGUCCCCCCUGGGGGAGGAGGGGUCCCCUGGCACACCUGCUGGUCUCUUGCGGUCUACCAGCCUGAAGUGCAUCUCCUUGGGGGUUGCUGAGGGCACGAGCCUGGCCCCAGAGAGGCUGAAGACCCGCUUCAGUUCCUGUGAGUCCCUCUUAGAAUCAGAGCCCAGUGUGAGGAGAAAAACGAGCUCCCCCACCACCCCCAGGAACACGCUCUUGUCGCCCACGCUGCGUCCUCGGAGGCGCUGUCUGGAGUCCUCAGUGGAUGAUGCGGGCUGCCCAGACCUUGGCAAGGAGCCACUUGUCUUCCAGAACCGCCAAUUUGCCCACCUGAUGGAGGAGCCUCUAGGCAGUGACCCGUGCAGCUGGAUGCUCCCAAGCCUCAGCUAUGGACGCAAGGCCAGAGUGGACUUCGAUGACUUCCUCCCUGCCAUCCGGAAGCCUGAGAUGCCCACAUCCUUGGCAGGGGCAGCCAAAGAUGGGCAUGAAGGUUCAAAACAUUCAGGUGUCCUCUUUGAGACGGAGGAGGCUGACCGCUCCUUUCUCUCAGGGAUCAAGACCAUUUUGAAAAAGAGCGCAGAGUCCAGGGAGGACCCUGCUCACCUCUCUGACUCAUCCUCAUCUUCCAGCUCAAUCGUGUCUUUCAAAAGUGCCGGCAGCAUCAAGAGCCAGCCAAGAAGCCCACGCCUUGAAGUUAGUGGUGGUGAGCGAAUGUCCACUGAGAACAGAGAGUCGGGCACAGGAAGGAAAGAUGAUGACGUGGAGAGCAUCAUGAAGAAGUACCUCCCAAAGUAGGAAGGAGUGCAGCCUCCUGAAAUGCCGCUGCCCUUGGAGACCUCCAGACUCCACAGCUGUUUGGAGAGAGACUGGCCAGGCCUCCCCAGUGCCCUCAGUGUGGAUUCAGCAUCACAGCCACCCUCAAGAGCCAGAUGGACCCAGAGAGCCAUAUCCUGCUAGGGCUUUGGGGCUCCCUGUAUGCUUGGUCUGUACGAAAUAAAGUUGGUUUCCUUGGCAUCCUU